AUGCCACCGCGACACUUGUUUCCUUUCUUCACUGAGAGGAACUCGAAGAGGGACACAGCAGCCACCCGAUCGAGAUUGCUACCUCUCCAAAGGCAGCAAUACGAUGCGGUAAAUUCAAUCCCGAGAACAUUGACGGCCAGGAGCAAUUGGAGAAAGUUGCCCAGUCCGAUCUUUGAUCUGGUUUUGCAACAGAUCAAAGAACUGCAUUUCGCCGCUGAGUCGUCAUCAUGUGCGACCUGCUUCAUGAGAGACCUUUGUGCGCUACAACGAACCUGCAAAGCAUGGUUCUCUGAUGCUCAACGUACACUGUAUACACAUAUCGAGCUUGUUGGGCAGGAUGAUCCUCGCAUGCUGCGGAAAUGGAGAUUGUCGCGAUCAGCCCGCCUGAUCAGACUUCGGGCUACUCUGCGAGCAAGGCCUCGAGUUGCUGUCCUGGUCAGAACGCUCCGGGUCGAAGAUCCUCACAUACCUCUGUAUCAUCCUAAUGAUGAUCCUAAUCCCGAGUACGACGCCUACCUCUGCACAUUGGCAUCGGUCAUCAUGGCAUGUCCGAACCUCGAGGCAUUGUUGGGCUUCACGCCCUUCUACAACCAUACCUUUGAUCGGCUCACACAUGCACUCUCGACAAGAACGAAACUCCGCCACCAUGUGUGGAUCAUCGCAGAGAAUGAGGACGUACAAGAACGAAGUCAGAAACAACUUCCUCCAUGCCUCUUGGACACCCAGCAGACCUUUGAAUUCCUACUCUACCACGACCGGUGGCUGCAGCUGGAGACGCUGAUGCUUUGCUCUCCUGGGGGGUUUGGUGUCGUUGAGCAUGAGCUCUUUGUCGAGGUUCUCCAUACUCUGCCUUCACUCAAGAAUCUCUGCGUCUCUUCCUUUGACGUCGACGAUUUUGAUGAUAGGACCAUGCUGUCUCUACCUUCGCUCAUGUCGUUGCGACUCGAGGAAUGCUUCGGAGUGACUGAUUCUGGGUUGACACGCUGGGCCGGAUCUCCGAGGGCAGCCAUGAUCGAACGGCUUUCACUGAUACACCAGAACGUGACAAAUCUGCUGACCUUGUCUAAAGUGUUGGCUAGUCUUGAUAACCUGAAAAGAUUUAGUCUUGUCCAGGUCGACGUUGUCCCAACACUGUCGGAGGACACGAAUGCCGUGGUUUUCCAGCCGAUCAUGGCGUCCAUGAGCUUGGAGUUCCUGCACUGGGAUGUAGUAUGCACCCUGGGGCGACGGGAGCCGGCUAUGAGCGAAAGCAGUGAUUUGUGGCGGCAUCAUGAAUACCCUGAACCAAACACGACUGCCAUCCUUACGCCAAACGACCAUUUGGCCUUGUCGAUUGUUCACAGUGGCUUUCCAGUACUUACCAAGCUUCGGGCGCCACGCGAUACAUCACCCCUUGGAGUUCUUCAAUCAGUUUGUCAGCCUUCUUCGGCUCCACAUGCAGCUGCGUUGCGACGUGAACGCAUAUACCCAGCAUCAGGACGGGAGUGGGUUGAAAACUCCUUGCGGUCAGCAAGACUGCGAGCAAAGUCCAUUGCUAGGGCAUCACCCACAGAACAAUGGGGUUUCAACAGGGUUAAUCAAGUUGAUGUACCGCACCACCUGGUACCUUUCACGGAUUGUGAUGAUCCUCGAAAGUACUCGGACAAAGAAGUGCUCUUUGAAAGUCAAGAAAACAACGAGACUUUUUCCUGGGGUGAUGGUGAGUGUUGUUGUGAACGCACUCUGCAAAGCGGCUGCAUUUGUAGUGCCGUUAUUGACCUAGGCAAUCGUGGCACUCUUCUUCCUCUUCCUCCUACACCUCCACCACGACAUCCUCUGCGAACCAGAUUUGGCUCCUUGAACCGCGCUGCUCGGGCGAGGCGGGAUCCUGAUGAAGACAAAGGUCCUACUGCAUCCCGAGACAUCCACGUCCCGCCGACACGGCCUCCACGACCUGUUUUCUACCUUGAGCCAGAUCUGCCGGGACAUGAAGAUAAUGGAGGCUUGGUAGGCUGGGCUGAGCUUCUGGGGGUCAACGAGAAGGCGAAGUCGAGGGACCGCUCCCUCAAGAGCGCGUCGGCAUGCAAGCGCAUCCAGCCGGACGUCAUGCAAGAAGGUGAGGAUGAAAGUGUAGGCACGUGCACCGGCGGUACCUGGACCAGGACGGGCCGAGCGCAUGGUGGUGGGAGCCAAAGUCUCGAUAUGGCAGGUGGCAGCAGGAGCGGUAGUCUGAGAUCCUCACGGUUUGACGGCGACCAGAGCCUCGAGUCGAAGUGGAAAUUGGCCAGGAAGGGCAAGGGCACUCGUUGCAGCGUUGGUGGCAGCAGGAGCAGUCAAAAAUCGAGGUCCAGCUUGUCUCUGACGUCGGCUUCGAAGGGUGGUGAGUGGAACUUGCCACGAAAACAAAGCCGGAUCGACGGGAAUAGACAUGUCGCGAGACCGCACGGGAAGAAGGGUGUGUUUGUGACGGUCGAUGACUUCUUCUGA